AUGCCUUCCAAGUUCGGGUCGUUCACCGCCAGGAGCAGCUCACUGGUUCUUGCGCUGCUUCUGCAGAACGUGAGGGCGGCAAGCCUGAGCUACAAUGGCUUCGCUCAAACGCCUCAAAUGGGCUGGGACACAUACAACGCUUAUGGCCUCGCAUACAACGAGUCCACAAUCCUCACCAACGCCGAGCGCCUGGUCUCCCUCGGUUUCCGUGAUCUGGGCUACCGCGUCGUCAUCUUCGAUGAUGCCAUGACGGAGCUCAAUCGCAGUGCGGAUGGCACCUUGACUGCAAACGCUGCCAAAUUCCCCUCGGGCCUUCAGAACAUUGCCAAUCAACUGCACGACUAUGGACUGUAUUUUGGCGUGUACAGCAGUGCGGGCAAAUACACUUGCGGAGGAUACCCUGGAAGCCUGGGGUACGAGACUCAGGAUGCCGCAUGGUGGGCGAGCAUUGGUGCAGACUAUCUGAAAUACGACAACUGCUACAACGAAGGCCUCUCGGGCACGCCGAAGCUGAGCCAAGAUCGCUACGCCGCCAUGUCGAACGCGUUGAACGGUACAGGUCGGGACUUUGUGUAUUCGCUGUGUAACUGGGGAGACGACAAACCGUGGGAGUGGGCGUCCACCAUCGCCAACAGUGCCCGCAUCUCGGGCGACAUCCAGGACAGCUUUUCCAUGCCUACGACGUCGUGCCCGUGUGGUCCCGACGAGUACUACUGCCAGCUGCCUGGCUAUGGCUGCUCGGUCAUGAACAUUCUUGGCAAGGCGAGCUCCAUCCGCAGCAAAACCCAAGCGGGAUACUACAACGACCUCGACAUGCUCGAGGUUGGAAACGGCGGCAUGUCCUACGACGAAUACAAAGUACACUUUAGCAUGUGGGCCGCCAUCAAGUCUCCAUUGAUCAUGGGGAACAAACUCGACCAACUGUCUCCGGAAGAUUACGCGAUCCUCAUCAACCCAGCCGUGUUGGCCAUAUCACAGGACCCCAGUGUCAGCGCCGUUUCACGGACAGUCAGGCAACAGGUCGACGACAAGGACGCGUGGGGGUUCGGAGAGGUUCACGUGUGGCAGGGAAGCCUGAGCAAUGGCGACCAGGUGGUCGCCUUCCUCAACGCCGGCAACAUCUCGCGCUCAAUGUCCUACAGCCUUGUCGACGUCUUUGGCGGCCUGCGCACAAACACGAAUGCCCAAAAGAGUUGGGAUCUGUUCGAUGUCUGGGGCAACCAGACGGUCAUGAGCACCGAAGUGGCAGCCCAGAUAUUGAACGGCACGCUUGCGGUGGGAAACGCGACGGGGUACUAUAAUGCCAGCGAGACAACUUGGGCCACGGGGCUGAAUCAGAGCAACCCCCUCUUGAUUGGCACGCCGGCUGGGACUGUUCAAGGCGGUGGGAUGUUGCAGGCUGAGGUGCCGAGACAUGGGAUUCAGAUGUGGCGGUUGAGAGAGGCUGGAGGAGCAGGCAAGCGGGACGAGCUGUAA